AUACUUUUUCCUUUUUGAGAUUUAUUGACACAAGCCCAUCAGAGGCAUCCUCGAUUUUCUUUGGCCAUAUAAUAGCUCGUUGGGUAUUACAUCUCUUGAAGCGUGUCCAUAGGGCAAGACGGCGAUUUUAUAUUACAACUGAUGAUGAAAGUUAUCCUGAAGCUCCAUUGAAUACAUACGCGUCUCUAUUAAUUAUGCAAACUGCGCAAACUACAUCUCCCAUGAAUGUCGAGAUGUCAUCUUUGCUGAAAGAAUUGACAAAUAUCUAUGAACACGCUACUCGCUACGAACUAUCAAUUUUAGAUCCGUGUUAUAUGCCAAAAGUUGUCGCGCCACCUAUCGAACCAGUAUGUCUCGACAAAUGUUUCUAUAAUGAUCAAGAAUGGACUUUAUUCGACCAGUCGUUACGUAAUAUUUUGCUUGGUAUCAACCCCUUAAUAUCUGAGGUUGACACGAUUAGUGAUUUUGGACGUUGCUUAGUCGAGUCAGAAGGAAAAGGCCUGUUAGGACAAACUGCUGUUCUUAUGCGAGUUCCAGCUAUGCAGAAACUAAUAAUGGAUUCCGGCAAGCUGGCGAAACUUGAUAAAUUGUUAGAAGAACUAAAAGCUGGCGGUCAUCGUGUAUUAAUAUACUUCCAGAUGACCAAAAUGAUUGACUUAAUGGAAGAAUAUCUCGCCUAUCGUCAAUACAAAUAUCUGCGAUUGGAUGGUGGGUCGAAAAUAGCUGAUCGUCGUGAUAUGGUUUCAGAUUGGCAAACAAGGCAAGCCUUCAUUUUAUUUAUCAUCAUGAACAAUACACGUGCGGGUGGUCUUGGUAUUAAUUUGACGGCCGCCGAUACUGUUAUUUUCUAUGACAGUGAUUGGAAUCCUACAGUCGACCAACAGGCUAUGGAUCGUGCACAUCGACUUGGUCAAACAAAACAAGUAACUGUAUACAGACUCAUAACAAAAGGCACAAUAGAGGAAAGGAUUCUUCAGCGUGCUAAACAAAAAGAUGAAAUUCAAAAAGUUGUCAUCUCAGGCGGCGAAUUCAAACAAGUGGACUUUAAGCCGCGCGAGAUUGUAUCGCUUCUCCUGGAAGAUGAUGAGCUAGAAAACAAGUUACGCGAACAACAAUUAAAACGAAAAGUUGAGGAAGAGGACGAAGGGUUGAAAUCUAAACGAAAAGGCAAAAGACAAAAGAAAGUUAAAGAAACUUGA